AUGGCUCCCCAGCUUCUAUUAUCACAGCUCCUACCAACCACACUUCAGGGCGGCCUGGCUGCUCUGAUGCUUCUGUGCUGUGCUCUCUCAUUGUUCAUGUGUGCUUCACAUACACGCAAAUGGCGCCGUCGGUGGAAUUCUUGCACCAACUUUCUGGUCGAUGAUGGUCCGGUUAUACAACACAUGCAACCAGGUGGGAAUGAUGAAAGCAUGGAUGAUAGUGGUGAUCAAGAAGACCCGGUCUGGCAGAAGAACAUACUCAUGGGAGGCAAGUGCCAGCUACCAGAUUUUUCAGGCGUCAUAAUCUACGACGCCGAGGGGAACAUCGUCAAGCCUGAUAAAACUCCUCGUUUAACCUGGAAGUAA